AUGGCUGCAGCUGUUGCCAGACAACACAAGCAUUUCAGUCACGACUACCACAGAACUCACUCUAAGUAUGUUGUCAAGGAGUACUCAAGCUCUGAAGUGGAGGAAGUGGACUAUCAGUACCACAAGGAGAAGAGAAUCCAGGGAGUGGUAGAAAAGAAGAUGAAGACAUCAGAUAAAUAUAUCCGUGAGGAGUCCAUGAUCAGGGGCCCUAAGUUUCUGACAAGGCUGAGGUCCCACACUGUGUUUGAGAACACUCCUGUGAAGCUGUUCUGCUCUGUGCAGGGAUAUCCCACUCCGUCUGUCAGAUGGUAUAAAGAUGAUGUCAUCCUUGAUAACUCAUCAGGAAAAUAUUUUGUGGGGAGUAACACUGGGAUUCAUACCCUGGAGAUUCCAAAAUCCAGCACUGAUGACACUGCCAUGUAUACUGCUGUAGCCACUAACAUCCAUGGUCAGGUCUCUACUCAGGCGUCUGUCAUCGUCAAACGGUUUAAGAAAGAAGAGGAGAUAUGCCCUUUUGGAUGGAUGCCUUACGAAUUUGCCAUCUUACCUGAGAUUAAAUAUACCAAAAUUAACAUCACUUUUCUGGAGACAUUUGACGUGACCUUUAAAGAGGAGGGUGACUCGGUCACUCUGGCCUGUACGAUGACCAUCAGUCCAAACCUUGCCAACCUGCAGCCUCAAACCCUGUGGUACAGAGAUGAGCACCUCCUGAAGGAGUCAAAGUGGGUGAAAAUGGAGUCAGGCGGAGGUGUUGCUAAGCUCACGCUGCCUCAGCUUUACAAGGAUGAUGAGGGUCUUUAUACCCUCCGCAUGGUCACCAAGGGAGGGGAUGCUGUGCACCGGGCAUACCUCUAUGUUAAAGAUGGUCCUCCCCCAGUUCCCGGAGCCCCCGGAGCCCCUAUGGACAUUAAGAUCCACGAUGCGAACAGAGAUUAUGUCAUUGUCUCAUGGAAACCACCCAACACUACAACCGAAGGCCCCAUCAUCGGAUACUUUGUUGACAGAUGUGAAGUUGGGACAGAGAACUGGACGCAGUGUAAUGAUUCUCCCAUUAAGAUCUGUAAAUAUCCAGUGUCUGGCCUGUUUGAGGGACACUCCUAUUAUUUCCGCGUGAGAGCUGUUAAUUCUCACGGCAUUAGCAGACCCUCACGGAUGUCGGAUGCCAUUGCUGCUGUGGACCCCACCGAGUUCGAGAGACUACACGCAACUAAAUUGGGUGGAAAACUUGAUGUUGUGACCUACCAUGAUGACCUUGAAGCAGAGGGAGAGGCUCCGGGAGCCCCAUCGAAGGUCUAUGCUUCAGAGACAGACCGAACAUAUGUGGUACUCAGUUGGUCCCCCCCAGUCUAUCACGGCAAAGCCCCCAUGUGGUACUACAUCGAAAAGAGUUUGGUCGGCAGUGAUUCUUGGCAGAGAGUGAAUACUCAAGUACCGGUGAGGUCCCCUCGCUACGCCGUGUUUGACUUGGCUGAGGGCAAAGAGUACCUCUUCCGCGUGUUAGCCGCUAACAUGUACGGCACCAGCAAAGCCUCUGAGCCAACUGGCCCAAUCCAAACUCAGGAACUGCGUGGUGUCCCCUCAGCGCCUGGUCAGGUCGUUGCCACCAGAGAAACGGACACAUCCGUUCUCAUUCAGUGGGCCCCUCCGAAGGAGCCAAACAACCUCAUUGGAUAUUACAUCGAUUCUUGUGUAAAAGGUUCUAAGAACUGGACUUCGGCCAAUCACAAACCAAACAAGAAGACCAAGUUUGUUGUUCAUGGCUUGACUACUGGUGAGACCUAUGUGUUCCGAGUGCAGGCCAUUAAUGAACUUGGUCUCAGUGAUGAAUCUCAGGAGUCAGCCCCACUCUCUGUGAAAGCUGCCCUUGCUUUACCCUCCGCUCCUUAUGACAUUACUCUGCUUCACUGCGACGGUACAUCUAUGGUUCUGAACUGGAAACGUCCUCUCCACUCUGGCGGAGCAAAGGUCACAGACUAUUACAUCGACAAAUACAACGUGGCCAAGAAAGUGUGGAGGGAAGUCAAUGUCCCCCCCAUUAAACACAGACUGCACAAGGUUGAGAACCUGACUGAAGGUGCAGUGUAUCAGUUUAGGAUCUAUGGGGCCAGCAUUGCUGGGCUCGGGGAACCCGCCGCUCCCAGUGCAGCCUUCCACUGUGAUGCCUGGACUAUGCCUGAACCCGGUCCAGCCUAUGACCUGAGCGCCUGUGAGAUCAGAGACGAUUCUUUGGUGCUGGAGUGGAAGAUCCCUGUCUACACUGGAGCUAGCGCCAUUACAGGAUACUAUGUGGACGUGUCCAAGAAAGGCUCUGGUGUAUGGACCACUGCUAACGAAACUGCUGUCGGUCACUGCUACCAUAAGGUGACUGGUUUGGAAACGGGCGAGUCUUACGUGUUCCGUGUGCGUGCGGAGAACGCUGAGGGCGUUGGCGUGGCGUCCGUCUCCUCCGACCCAGUGUGUGCCAAGGCUCUGCCAGGCACCCAGGAAAUCAAGUGUGGAGUCGAUGCAGAGACAGGCGACAUUUAUCUUUCAUUCGAAAGCUGCCAGAUGACAGAGAAAUCGGAGUUUGUCUGGAAGAAAUCCUACGAAGAAAUCACGGAUUUCUCCAAAGGAAUCGUUGUUCAGUCAUCUGGCAGUCAGUCAACACUGCUUUUCAAGAACCCAGACAAAGAAGACGUUGGAACAUUCUCAGUGUCCGUAACACAUACGGAUGGUGUCUCAGCCAGCUAUGGAAUCUCAGCAGAAGAGUUGCAAAAGAUGCUCACCCUGAGCCAGGAAAUCCGCCACCCCAUUAUUCCACUGAAGACUGAACUGGCCUAUAAAAUUAUUGAGAGAGGUCGUGUGCGUUUCUGGCUCCAAGCUGAGGGCAUCUCCUCUGCUGUGACCUACAAGUUCUUUGCCAAUAACAAGGAGCUUGUCAACUGUGAGCAAACGAAGAUGAGUCACGACGUGGCCACGGGUGUUAUUGAGAUGGUGCUGGAUCAUUUCACGGAGGACAGUGAGGGCACUUUCACCGUUCAGAUCCAGGAUGGAAAAGCUAAGGCUCAGUCUUCGCUGGUGCUUAUCGGAGAUGCUUUCAAGGCAGCCCUGGCCGAGGCGGAGUACCAAAGAAAAGAGUAUAUCCGAGUCAAAGAGGGCCCGCACUUUAUGGAAUUCCUGUCAGUCCAAAUCGGGGACAACUGCUCCGUCACUCUCGUAUGCAAGGUGGCUAAUCUGAAGAAAGAAUCCGUAUUCCACUGGUUCAAGGAUGAUGUUGAAAUCGUCCCUGAGGUGCCAGCCGACCUGACAUCGGGAGUCUGCAGGCUGCCUUUAGCUCUGUUUUCCAAGAAAGAUGUGGGUGUUUACAAGGCAACCAUCAGCGAUGACAGAGGCAUGGAUGUUUCUCUCAUUGACAUAUCUGGACAAGCUUUUGAUGAUAUCAUCAACGAAAUCUCCCGCAUUGCUGGAUCCUCUGCUGCUGAGUUGACAAUUCAGUGUACUGCAGAGGGCAUUCAACUCCAGUGCCACAUGAAAUACUUCACAGAGGAGAUGAAAAUAAACUGGAUGCAUAAGGAAACCAAAAUCACUGCAUCUGAAAAGAUGAGGAUUGGAGGAACGCCAAGUAUGGCCACGAUGGAGAUCGUUGAGCCCACUGACAAUGACAAAGGCCUGUACACCAUUGAGAUAUUGGACUCAGAGAAGACGCACACUCGUACCCUUGACCUGUCUGGACAAGUGUAUGAUAAAGCCUAUGCUGAAUUCCAGAGACUGAAGGCCGAGGCAUAUGCCGAAAAGAAUCGUGGCAAAGUGGUUGGUGGUCUCCCUGACGUUGUCACCAUUAUGGAAAAGAAGACCUUGAGCCUGACUUGCACAGUUUGUGGUGAGCCCAAACCACAGGUCAGCUGGUCAAAGAAUGAUCACGAGGUGGAGCCCAGUGACCAGUAUGUCAUUUCCCUGGACUCGGGCAAGUUUGCCAGCCUCACCAUAAAGGGUGUGUCCCUAGAGGACUCUGGCAAAUACACCAUGACCGUGCACAACAAGUACGGUGGUGAGUCUGUGGACAUCGUCGUCAGUGUCUACAAGCAAGGCGACAAGAUUCCAGACAUCAAACCAAGUCCCUCGCCAAAGAGGAUCAUGCCCCCCACUGGUCCCAUUGUAGUCCCCACCACCCCAGCCUCAUCCCCAGCCCCGGCUGCCAAGUCUCCCACCCCCCCACAUGGUGCUAAAUCCCCUACACCAAGUCGCGGUGUUAAGUCCCCCACCCCCUCCAGGAAGAAGUAA